AUAUUUCGACACUUGAUGAUCUCAAACUAUACUAUAAUGAUGCGUGUACAACAUUUAAUUGUCCAGUUGUAGAGGAUGAAAUGACAAUGCACAUGGAAUUUAAUUCACCUAAAGCUUUCAAUGAUGCCAAGACACUAUGGAAUGCUAUUAGCUUAGAUGUUGGCAAUCGAGAUGCCCCAAGUAACAUGACAGAUGAAAUAUGGGAUUUACCUCCAUUGUUUAAAUCACUAUUUUUUGAAACUGCGAAGUGCUGUAGUUUAGCAUCCCGGCUACGAAACAGUGGAGGCAAAAACUUCUUAUUAAUGUUGCUCCAUACAAUGGUUCUUGGUUAUAAACAGAAAUGGAGAAGUUGUAUCAGUACGACAACCAAUCCUGUUACAGACUGGUGUGGAUUUCCAAGAAAGGACGGUGAAGCAAGAGGCCCAUUCAUUGUAGCAGUUUCAGUAUUUUGCAAUGUAUUCUUGAGGUGGGAUGACUGUAGAAGUAUAGACCUGACUGAAAUAUUUGAUACUGUUACAGUAUAUCUUUUCAUAAAAGACGUUUUGUCUGAUAAAUGGAACUAA